AUCCUUCACACUUCUUGUAGGUCAACAUUAAAAUGUUAAAGGAGGGCAUGUCCAUAGAGGCCCGUCACGUCAAACGCAAACAGUUGUCACAGUAUUUAGAUGCUGAUUUCUUGAAACGUGAACGUAAAUCCAUGGACAGUCACAAUAGUUUCAAUAAUGCUAUACUGGCCAAUCGUAAACGACUCUCCAAUGAGAUGCAACAGAAAGAAGGCAGCAAUGGCAGUACUGUCAAGCGAUCACGAGUCAGUGAAUCGCAGGAAGAUAAUUCAAAUGCUUCUAGUGAUGCUGGCGGUGGUGGUAAUACUACACCCACCACACCAACAUCACAGCAACAAACAGCACCAACAUUUAAUAAACAACAGCAGUCAACGACGCCACAGCAGGAAGAGGUUUCCGAUAAUAGUAAUGGAGGCAACAGUAAUAGCAAUAGUAAUACGGCUUCAACACAACCCACAGCUGAAGUGGCAUGUUCGUGACCGCCGCCAACUAUACCGCUGGCCUCACUACCCCAUUCACACUUAUAUCCACCCACACAUACGUUGCUGACCCAUGCCACACUACCGCAUCAUAAUACACAGAAAUUUCGCAAAAAUAAUAACGCUGCUGCAGCUGCGA